GAUGAUGAGAGCCUCAGGAAGUGGAAGGAACAGCUCCUAGGAAGUGUCGACAUUAAUAAUAUUGGAGAAACUCUUGAACCUGAAGUUAAGAUGCUCAGUCUUUCAAUUGUUUCUACUGGUAGACCUGAAAUUGUUCUUCAAAUUCCUGAAGAAGGAGACCCCAAGGGCUUGUGGUUUACGUUGAAAGAAGGUAGCAAAUACAGCUUGAAGUUCACUUUCCAAGUCAGCAAUAACAUUGUAUCCGGGCUUAGGUACACCAACACUGUUUGGAAAACUGGCAUCAGAGUGGACAGUACAAAAGAGAUGCUUGGUACAUUCAGUCCUCAGCUGGAAACUUACACGCAUGUCAUGCCGGAGGAAACCACUCCAUCUGGCAUGUUUGCUCGAGGGUCAUAUACUGCAAGAUCAAAGUUUCUGGAUGAUGAUAACAAGUGCUACUUGGAGAUCAACUACACAUUCGACAUCCGCAAAGAAUGGGUUGCGACUUAAAUCAAUGUUUCUGCAUCCUCUAUCAUAUUCCCUCAUUCACUUGAUGCACUUACGCCAUAAUCAGUUGAAUGUUGUCUUGAGACAUAUUUAAUUUAUUACUUUCACCAUUUUCUUAACCACUUGAUUGCUUUUCAUGGGAAAUGGCAAGUUCCUAUAACCACAUAGAAAGAGAAAAAAUUCUUUUAGUGAUGCCCAUAAUAAAAGAAUGGCUUGGCCUGUGCUAAUUUUGUUCUGAGUUUCAGAUCUGCAUGGACGCAGACAGGACCGGACUCCCCCCAAUAGUUACAGCAGGCUCAGCAUCAUUCAUUUUUUUAGGUUGUAAACGAGCGGGUGUGGUAGGUCUGUUCAGAUAUCAAAAGAAACAUUUGGUUAAUGAGAUUGAUUUUUUCUCCCAUGAUUGUACCUAUUUCUAUGAAUAUCCUUAGUAGCUAAAAGCAAAGUUAGCUGAAACAACAUCCUUACUACACUCUGCUCUUGCAAUCUUUUGUUUUUCCCUCUG